AUGAAUAUGUUGGAUGAUGAAGAUGACCAAAGCUUUCACGCUACGCGUGACGGCUACUCCCAUUUGAGCGAUGUCGAAUGUGAUGCGGUUGAACGGAUGGGUUCAACCAUGGGCAUCCAUGCUGUUAGCGUCACGCUAAAGGCUCUCAAUAGAGAUGCCCAACAUGCUACUAUCGCCAAGUUUAUUCAAAAUGAACUUGACGCAGAACGCGAGAAAGUAGCCUUGCUUCACCAACAAGGUUCUCAACAAGCAGAGUUGUUGAGAGAACAGGGUGCUCAACAGUUUGAACAGUUGAGACAGCAGCAGGCUGCUGCUGGCGGGUCGAUGCACUCGCGUCGGCCCGAGACUUUGAAGAUUGACAUCUCAAAGUAUAGAGGGGUCGAAGAAGACUCCCUCUUGAGAUGGUUCGUCGAAUUGGAUGACGCCAUAAGGGCGCGUCGCAUCGACGACGGGGAUAUGCAAGCUGCAUUUGCCCAAUCAAAUCUGGCAGGACGUGCCAAGACUUGGGCACUGGGGCUCAAGCUGCACGACCCAUAUGCGUUUGGGUCGUUGGAAGUCUUCAAGUCGCGGCUCAGACAAACGUUUGAACCGCCUAGAGCUGAGUUCAGGGCUCGAACCGAACUCUUGAAGCUCAAGCAGGGUAAGCGUGAUGUGCACGCUUACGCUCAACAUAUACGACAUCUUACGAGUUGUAUAAGUUCCAAUCCAGUGGAUGAACACACGUUGGUUUCGGUGUUCAUGCAGGGUCUUGCGGAUAGUCCUGUCAAGACUCACCUAUUCCGACUUAAACUAGACUCACUAGAACAAGCCAUUUCCAUUGCGGAACAAGAAGACUUCAGUCUGAGACAGGCUCGCGCCAGCUAG